GUCGCAGCGGCAGUCACCACUUGGUCCACCCUCCCAUCUCCCCCCUCUGGCUAAAGAACCGCAAAAAGAUCGCAUUUUUCUUUUCUAUCUCUAUCCUUCUACUCGAGUUCUUCCAUUCUUCUGAAUCGUCAAAUUGAGCGUCUCGAGUUUGCCAUGGUGGUGAUUUGGAACCGGAAGCGCUGCGCUCCCCCUCUGAUCCCCUGACUGGCCUCGCUGCAGUUCGGCGCCAGAUUUGCACGGGUGGAGGGUGGGAGAGCAGACGCGGCCGCCAUGUUUGGGUCCAGGGUCCAGGAUGAGGUGGAGAUGCAGAGGAGGCCUAACAACAGGAUCUUUCCUGACGAGAGACAAAAUCAAUCUAAGCCAUUAUAUCAAGCUGUACGUGCCGACAGAUUUGGUGCAAAUAGACUAGAUGUGAAGAAUCCUGAGAAGCUUAAGGUGUUAAAUGAAGGCAACAAACCAUGGCACCAGCGUAUUCUAGAUCCUGGAAGUAAUAUUGUACUGAGAUGGAACAGGGUGUACCUUAUGGCAUGUUUGUUUGCUCUUUUCAUUGAUCCAUUUUUCUAUUACCUUCCAUUGGUUAGAAAAUAUGAUAAUGGAUCUUCAUGUGUCGCCAAGGAUCAGGGACUGAGCAUAGGAAUCACUAUCGUACGAUCACUUGCUGAUUUGUUUUACAUGUUGAACAUAGCUAUCAAGUUUCACACUGCAUAUGUGGAUCCGAAGUCCCGGGUCCUUGGAAAGGGAGAGCUUGUUGUGGAUAUUAAGAAGAUUCGACGAAGAUAUAUCAGAACUGACUUCUUUGUAGACGUACUUGCAGCUGUGCCACUUCCACAGGUUACUGUGUGGUUAAUUAUGCCUGUAAUCAAAAGGUCAGACGACAACGUUCGGAACACUACAUUUGCUCUCAUAAUUGUGAUUCAAUAUGUCAUAAGAAUGUAUCUCAUCGUUCCUCUAAGCAAUCAGAUUAUCAAAGCUGUUGGAGUAGUUGCAAAGUCAGCUUGGGGAGGUGCAGCAUACAAUCUUCUGCUCUACAUGCUUGCAAGCCACAUUACUGGUGCAAUAUAUUAUCUUCUCUCCGUUGAACGGCAGAUUACAUGUUGGGAUCAGCAGUGCCUUCUGGAGUUCAAGAAUACAUCUUGCAGCCUUAGAUUUAUAAGCUGUGAGAAUAUUGAUUCGAAUGGUUAUCAUGAGUGGCAGAAAAAUACAGGGAUAUUUAAGAAGUGUGAUGCCAAUAAUAAUAAUAUAUCUUUUAACUACGGAAUGUUUUAUAGUGCACUGAAUAAAGGCGCUGUCUCAUCUCCACUCGCUGAGAAAUACUUCUUUUGUCUAUGGUGGGGCUUGCUGCAGCUUAGUUCAAGUGGGAAUCCUCUAGUGACAAGUGCGUUUAUUGUUGAGAACACAUUUGCAAUAGCAAUUGGUGCUAUCAGUCUCAUACUCUUUGCUCAGUUGAUUGGCAAUAUGCAGACAUACCUGCAGUCUGUCAGUAAAAGGCUUGAAGAGUGGAGACUGAGGCAAAGGGACAUGGAUGAGUGGAUGAGGCAUCAUCAACUCCCAGCUCACCUUCAAGAACGUGUCCGGCGGUUUGUUCAAGUUAAAUGGCUUUCAACACGAGGAGUAGAAGAGGAGUCCAUCUUGCAAGCUUUGCCUGCUGAUAUACGUCGGGACGUGCAGCGCCAUCUUUGUUUGGACCUUGUUCGACGUGUCCCUUUUUUCUCUGAGAUGGAUGACCAACUUCUUGAUGCCAUCUGUGAGCGGCUGGUGUCUUUCCUGUGCCCUGAGAAUACAUAUAUCUCUCGCGAGGGUGAUCCCGUGAACGAGAUGCUUUUCAUCAUUCGUGGCAAACUGGAGAGUUCAACAACCAACGGUGGCCGUAGCAACUUCUUCAACUCCAUCAUCCUGCGUCCAGGUGAUUUCGCAGGUGAAGAGCUGCUGACAUGGGCUUUGCUUCCGAAGACCAAUGUCCACUUUCCGCUUUCCACAAGGACCGUACGGAGCCUCACAGAGGUUGAAGCUUUCGCCCUGCGAGCUGAGGACCUCAAAUUUGUGGCAAACCAGUUCCGGAGGCUUCACAGCAAGAAGCUCCAGCACACAUUCCGGUUCUAUUCGCACCACUGGAGAACAUGGGCUGCCUGCUUCAUCCAGGCGGCAUGGCGGCAGCACCAGAGAAGAAAGCUUGCUGAGAGCCUCAGCCGAUGGGAGUCAUACUCAUGGUGGUCAGAGGAUCACCCAGUUGCCAAUAAGCCCAGACAGGAAGGCACCUCAAGCGGUGGUAGGACGAUUGCUGAGGGUGCCAUUGCCCAUAUGCAUAAGCUCGCAUCUGCUUCCAGAAGGUUCCGUGCUGAGGACACAGCUAUUCGCAGGCUGCAGAAGCCUGAUGAGCCCGACUUCUCCGCAGACCAUUUCGAUUGAACCUGAUGCUUUGCAACUGGAAAUACAUGUUGUACAAUUACAACCUUAGUACCCCACUGUAACUUUUAGAUUUUACCGCGCAAGAGUUUUAGGUGUUGUUAAUUGUGAUAGAAAAGUUGUAUCUACAUCCUCAACUCCAGAAUCUACCCUGAUAAUGUAUAGACUUAAUCUUUGCAGUGCAUAAGAACUUUGAGAGUUCUGAAGCCUCA